AUGGCUAACGAAGGAAACAAAAGCAAUGACUUCUAUACGAUCUUGGGGUUGAACAAGGAGUGCACUGAAUUGGAGCUAAAGAAUGCAUAUAGGAAACUUGCAAAGAAAUGGCACCCCGAUCGUUGUUCAGCAUCUGGGAAUUCAGAGUUGGUCGAACAAGCUAAGAAGAAAUUCCAGGAAAUCGGGGAAGCCUACGCUGUUUUAUCUGACGCCAACAAAAGGUUAAUGUACGACGUUGGAGUCUACGACAGUGAUGACGACGAAAACGGCAUGGGGGACUUUUUGGACGAAAUGUUAACAAUGAUGAGUCAGACCAAAUCAAAUGAAAAUGGAGAGGAGAGCUUUGAGGAGUUGCAACAGCUGUUUGAAAACAUGUUUCAAGCUGAUAUUGGAUUGGAUGGAAGCCCCUCUCUUUCUUCUGCCGAUUGCUCUACUUCAUCUGCUUACAUGACUUACAGUGAAAGUUCUAGUUCAAAUAAACGCAAUGCCACUGAGAUGAAAUUUGGGAAGGCAGAGGGUACCAGUUACCAGAAUUUCUGUUUUGGGACAGGUGAACCUACUCCAAGAUAUAAAGGAGGAAAACGAGGGAAUUCCAGAAGGAGGAGGUAG